UGUAUCACACGUGUGGCCGAUUGUGGUGGUGGUCUGUGGUCCUUCAGAAAAAUGGUUGGCGAGAAAAUAUUACUGGUUUUAGGAUGCAUCCUCCACAGCCACUCAGUGCUGGCCAUCUGGUCGUGUUCCCAAGACACAGACUGUUCCAGCAUGGUUGACAGCGUUUGCGUGAGCGGCGCGUGCAUCUGUCCAUCAGGAAAGCAGGCAGUGCUGGGAGGCACAGCCUGUGCUGAUCUGGCCCCAUACUACUGGUCUCCCUGCAUGGACGACUUCCAGUGUUCCAGGCUGUUCACAGGCUUCCAGUGUCGAAGACCUGCAAAUUCUACUUCACAAGUAGGCAACUGCUUCUGCCAAGAAGGCUUUCACUACUUCAGAGGGCGGUGUUGGCCCUCCUCUGGGCUAGGAGAAGAGUGCACCCGCGAUGAGGAGUGCCAGGGAGUGCUCAGAGAUCCCUUCAGCAUGACCUGCAGUGGAACCUGCGAAUGUGCUGAGGGGUACUACUUUAGGCAGAGGGGGGAGUGCAGAAGGAUGGGACUGGAGGUUGGAGACAGAUGUGUGAUAGACCAAGACUGUCACUUUGAAGGUGGAGCCUGCCAUCUGACUAACUUGGAGUGCUUCGAUACAAACGCUGAGACAAAAGCCACAAAUAGCACCGACACCGAUCCAUCUGAAGACACCCGGUCCUUUUCAUCUGAAGCAAUUACCCUGUAUGGACAGACGUGUGACGCUGCAGAUCCCUGUAAUGCGCCAUUGGUGUGCUCCCAAUAUGGUUUCUGUGUGUGCCCUUUGGGGUACUAUCCUAAUGCUGACGAGAGCUUAUGCUUGGCUGAAUUGGGGUCACCAUCAACACCAGAGCAGUGCGUUGGUGUGUUCACCGAGAUCCGGGAUGGAGUGUGCUCCUGUCAAGCCAACUUCUACUUCGAUGACGAUAUGAGGACCUGCGUUAAAGCUGCCCGCAUGAUAACGGACGGCUGCAUGACCGACGCCACCUGCCACACCUUCGGCGCCGCCUCCCGCUGCGGGCCGCCUCAGCAGUGGGGCUUGAGAAGCUGCGAGUGCAUACCUGAGGAUGCAGUGUGGGAUGCUAGCAGAAGCAUGUGCAGAUUGUUCGCUGGUAUCGGCGAACUGUGCGAGGUAGACAGCGACUGUCUGGCCGGUGAGCUGGAGAUCCAGUGCGUUAAGAACGAACAAGGUGAAGGGUUCUGCAACUGCCCCGAAGGUUUCGUGGCCCAGGAUGGACUCUGCCUUACUUUGGGACUUGAGCUCGGACAGACUUGCCAAAUCACUGCAGAGUGUACCGGCACCCCCAACACGAUAUGUGCCAACAGUGUGUGCUCGUGCGAUGUGGGAUACGAGCAGUUUGGCGAUAUUUGUGCUCCUGUUAUCGGUGGGACCUGUGCUUCGGACUCAGACUGCGUUAUUGAUAACACAGUAUGCACGAGUUUCACCUGUCAAUGCAUCACUGGCUUCGUCGAAUACAACGACAUUUGCUGGACAACAUCUGGCAUGGGGUUCGACGCGCCUUGCAACGUGUCAGCCCAGUGCGCUGCCGUGAUGGUGGGCUCAGCCUGCAUGGACGGCACUUGUCAGUGCGCUGACACUCACCACUUUAGGGACGGCGGCUGCUGGCCAAGGACUGGUCUCUUCCAAUCAUGUUCCCGAAGCAGCGAAUGCUUUUUAGAAGACCUAAUAGACCGUGUGCAGUGCAGGAACAGUCUCUGCCAAUGUUCCUUCGACUACCCUUACUCUGAAGAACUGGGCACUUGCAGAUCAUCAGCAUCUUCUAUCUUUGGAAGCUCCAUCGUUUUGGUCACAGCUUUAGCCUAUAUGAUUUUCAGUUGAAUUUUUUAAUAAUUUGAAAUUAUAAUUGUGAUAUAAACGUUAGUUAGAUGAUGAAUUUGUUUCUUUUAUGUAAAGGGCAGGAGAGAAAAGUAGGGUACCAAUCAAUUGAUACUUUUUUUAUACCAUAAUUGAUAGAAAAAAGGGUUCCGUAACCAACGUGAAUAAUAAAUUACUUUUUGCCUGCGAGACGCGAGCUUAUCGUAUAAAUUUCAAUAAAAAGUUGCAUAAUAAGCAACUUUGUGCAACUCUAUAUAAAAUGCUAGUGUGUUAAAGUUUCAUCAAAACUCGUCCAGAAAAUUUUUUGCGUGAUGGAGUUGCACAAAAUUAAAUUACACAGAGAUUUUCAAUGAUGUAGGUAAAUAUCUGACUAGAAAUUAGAUUCGUGUGCCUUAUAAAUAAUUUAAUAUUCAAAUGGUUUACCAUUAACGUUAGAUCU